AUGAAACCUCUACUUAUGGUACAUAAUAUUUGUGAUUGGUGUUGCAUAACAAAAUCACCAAUUAUUGGACGUAAAUUAUGUCCAAAAUGUGGCAUACAAAUUACUGAUAAUACUUUGCGAUGUAUUUUCCUACCAAGUCCAUUCCUUUCGACAACUACGAAUUAUUGUUGUAUAGUGUUGAAACCAUCGAGAAAUUCAUUCAACAAAUAUAAACUGGGCGAUGAUCUUCAUAUUGGUUUAUCAAAUUCAAAAGGUUUUGUAUUUUCGUAUACUGCUGAUGGUAUAAUAGUUGAAUCAUCGUGGGAUAAUUGUCUCUGUAUAUAUCGGUUCAAUGAUAACGAAAUGUGUGAUAAAAGGAUGAAAAUAUUUGUCAAGAAAUAUUAUAAUCAAUUUAGUCGCCAACAUUAUGAUAAAAGGAAUUGGAACUGUUACGAUUUUGUUGUGGAAUUUUUACUUGAUAUUGGUUUAUUGAAACGUACGACGUAUGUGAAAGAACAGUUCGUCACAGAACGCGUUUGUAAAGCGUUACAGAGAGUACUUCGUUAUUACAGUCUUUUGAAUAGAUUGUCACAAUGUAAAGUUAAUUAUCUUGCAUUAUUCUAA